UUGCGACAUGGAGCCGGGAACUGUGUGGCGGCUGAUCAGCCAUGGAAGUGAGCCUGCGCUGGGCAUCCAGGCCGCCGAUGCACAUGUCCGCUUUCGUCGCAGCGGCUCCUUCGACACCUUUCUGGCAGCCACGCCCACGCCUGGCUUUGUGGGCUGUUUGGCCAUGCGUAGCAUCAAGAGGGCUAUCCGGGCGCCAUGCGCAACAAAAGGAGAACCGCCCCGACCAUGUUGGCAACAUCGAGGCCUCGGAGAAUGUCUCUGAGGUUCUGCGCUUGGCUCCGGGUCACAGCGAUGUGCUCCUGGCGCGGAUCGUCCAGGACUACGUGAGAGGAGGCGAGCUGGCAUGGGCAGAUGAUUUGGGCCGCGCGUGGAUCCAGUCGACUCCUGAGAGCAAAGCUCAAGAGGACACGGCUGCUCUGCUCGUGCGAGCUUGGCUUGCGGUAGGCGGCUUCACGGCAACAUCCCUUGAGAAGGCCGGCUAUUGGCUGGAGCGCAUUGAGGCCACUGAACUGCUCCGAUGUAAGCAGAAGAUGCAGACAUCCAAGGCCAUGCGGUGGAUGAGAUGGACUCAAAGGUUGUUGACUACGGGUAGCUCCAAAGCCCGCAGUGUCAGCUUCGUGGUGAGAUUGUGCUUGAAGAAUGCUGAGCAGGUGAACGAUGCCGACGACUUGAUGUCGACCAUGAUGUCUGCAGGGCUCAGGCCGCCCACUAUGGCUUUCAUUUCUCUCAUUUGUGCUCAUGCCUCACAGGGCAACAUGGAAGCAGCAAGAAAGUUGGCGAAACAGGUGUUGCAAAGCAGGCCUUCAAAUGAUGGCAGGCUGCACCAGAUGCUGGUUCAAUCUUUUGCAGAGGGGCAGGAUGCAUCUGAAGCGGAAGGUUGGCUUGCAAUGAUGCACCGGGAACGUCUUGCGCCCACGGAGGCCAGUGUGGUGGCCGUUAUCAAUAGCUAUGCGAGGGCCAGGCGGCCAUUUGCAGCAGAAGCAACACUGAAAAGAUUCGAGCAGCGCAAUGUUCAGCUGGGGAUUGGCGCUUAUGGCGCCGUGAUUGAGGCCUUUCUUGGUGCUGGAAAAGCAGAAGCAGCUGAGCUGUGGUUGCAAAAGGCCUCUAUGAUCUCCCAUGGCGCAAGGGGAGGUGAUGAAGUCUGCGGCAAGCUCCGACGUUUGGAAGAACAACUGCGGAGGAGGAAAUCGGAGGCGGACAUUGACAGCGGUCCCGUUGGGCCCACUUGAGGUCUUCUUCUUCGAUCGGCCCUGCCCAGAGCCACGCAUCAAUUUUUGGUUGAAGAAGCGCGUGAAGAACCGGGUGAUGAGGUGUCCAAAGCGCAGCCAAAUCAUCCAAGCCUUUGAUCGAUGGCAUUUUGGAUGAUUUCCAUCCCCAACCUUAUGGGUUACUGUGGCAUGUUUGCCACAGGGUGGCAACGACUUCACACUUUCUGGCCAACUGGCUGCCCAAUUUCUUGGUGCUCAUGAUGGGUCUCCAAGCGGUGCCAAUGGGCAAUUGUAUGCCCACUGCAACGACCGAAAUGUGCGAAUAGAAGCGGCUGCUCGGGAAAAAGGUCUCAGAGAAGAACAGUUUGCAAGGGCACAUGCGGAUGCAACACUUAGCAUAUUACUUGUAGUUUUUGUGAGUUUAGACCCGUCGUGAGUUACCGUUUGCAUUUUGCC